AAAUGUUACUAUUAAAAAAUCCGAACGAUUUUGGCCCACGUCACAAGAUUCAGAUAUAAUCAAAACCCAGAAACAAAAAUCUUGACUUUUUAAAACCCUUUUGGGGGUUUGAUUUCUUCCUUCAAUUUUAAACUUUCGUUAAUUUCUAUUGAUUCAUCUGACGAGUGUUAUGUAUAGAUCUGGAGUUGUGAUGGCAUGGAACGUGUUCAAAUUCUGUACGGCCCUUCGAGGUUUAGGGUCGAUCAUGAUCUUGUUGGUUCUUGGUGUUGUUGGUGUCACCUAUUACGCCGUCGUUUUGUGUAAUUACGGCCCUGCUUUGACCGCCGGUGGCUUUGACUCACUCGUUGCAGUUCUAAUUUUAAUCGUAUUUCAUGCUCUGCUGGCGAUGCUACUAUGGAGUUAUUUUUCUGUUGUCUUCACCGACCCAGGUGGCGUGCCACCUAAUUAUCGGCCACUCAUAGAUCAAGAAAGAGGAGAAAUGGAUCCAUUGGAAGCGUCUGAGUCUGUCCCGUUGGCUACACCCGAUUCAACUCAUACAAGAAUCCGUUAUUGUCGCAAGUGUAACCAGUUAAAACCGCCCCGGUGCCACCAUUGUUCCGUUUGUGGAAGGUGUGUGCUGAAAAUGGAUCAUCAUUGUGUGUGGGUUGUUAAUUGUGUCGGGGCACUAAACUACAAGUAUUUUCUUCUCUUCUUGUUCUACACGUUUCUCGAGACAACAGUUGUAACCGCAGCAUUGUUACCACGUUUCAUAGUAUUCUUUAGUGACGAAGAGAUUCCCGGGUCACCUAGCACUCUAGCAACAACCUUUUUCGCUUUUGUCUUGAAUUUGGCUUUUGCUUUAAGUGUUUUCGGGUUUCUAAUUAUGCACAUAUCGUUGGUAGCUGCGAAUACCACAACAAUAGAGGCAUACGAGAAGAAGACUACUGCAAGAUGGCGUUACGAUCUUGGUCGCAAGCGGAACUUUGAACAGGUGUUUGGGACGGUAAAAAGCUAUUGGUUUAUUCCAGCUUAUAGUGAUGAAGAUUUGCGAAGAAUGCCCGCCCUUCAAGGCCUGGAGUAUCCAACAAAACCGGAUUUCGACACCCAAGAAUUCUAAAACGAGCAUGAUUAGAAAAAAGAAAGAAAAUCUUGGUUAAUAGCAUCACCUCAGUCGUCACCCCCUCAAACCCACCACACAUGCGAUGUACCGAAUGGCCUGCAACUGAGUUCGGUAUAGGUGUUGUAGAAGUGGUAGUUCAGCCGUGAGCGGGGAAACAUUGAAUAAACGUAAUGUUUAUUUAAUGGGUAUAGUUUUUGCGAGUUUGUUUUUUUUGUUUUUUUUGUUUUUUUUUUUUUUUGAUGAAGCUAGUGCAAGUCAUAUAGAGGUUGUUGUAAGCCAUACAUUAGUAACGAUUUGACGAAUAGCCCACACGUAAAGCAUUCCAACUUUGUGUUGAUUUU